UAAAUAUUUUUUUUGUUGAACAAAUGUCCACUGGUUUGGUGAUUAAUCAAGUUAAAGAGAGAAUCCUUUUUUUCUCACCUACUGUAUAAGGAAGAAUGGAAAGAGAAGCCUGCACAUAAGAUUUUGAAGUAAUUUAAGGAUUAGGAUAAGGAGCAUUUGGAAAAGUAUUUAAAGUUAGGCAUAAAAAAACAAAAAUGAUAUUUGCAUUAAAAUAGAUAGCAAAAAAGCAAAUAAAAUAAUAGAAAAUGACUUAACAGAUUAUAAAUGAGGUUAAAAUUAUGUACGGAUUAGAACAUCCUAAUAUUGUAAAAUUAUACAAUCAUUAUGAAGAAGAAGAUUAUAUAUAUCUGAUUUUAGAAUGUGCAACUGGAGGGUAAUUAUGGUAAAAGUUGAAUCGAGUAGGCCGUUUUGAUGAAAAAACCGUGAAAUAAUUUAUGUAAGAAGCAAUGUCAGCAAUAGAAUAUUUACAUACAAGAAAUCCUCCAAUUAUUCAUAGAGAUAUAAAACCAGAAAAUAUAUUAUUAGAUGCUAAUGGUCAUAUUAAAAUAGCUGAUUUUGGUUGGUCUAAUAUUAAUAAUCAUUAAAGAACAACUUAUUGUGGAACAUUAGAUUAUUUGGCACCAGAAAUGAUUUUAGAAUGUGGUCAUGAUGAAAAAAUUGAUCAUUGGAGUUUGGGAGUUCUAAUAUACGAACUUUUAACAGGAAAAGCACCUUUUGCUCCCUCCUCUUAAAUUAAGGAUCAAAAAGAAUCAUAAAAAAUACUUGAAGAUAACAUCUUAAAAGUGAAAAUUAAUUUUCCAAAUGAUUUUCCUUCCUUAGCUAAAAGUUUAGUUUAAGGAUUAUUAUAAAAAGAUCCAUAGAAAAGAUUUAAUAUUCAAAAAAUGAGAGAGCAUCCAUGGUUUGGAAAUUGUUAAAUUCAAUAAGAAACUUAGAGUGAAUAAAAAGUUAAGGCUGAAAAUAUAAAAGAUAUAAUAAAAGAUGAUAAAGCAUAAUUUUCAAAAGAGGAAAUUGCUAAAGUUGUAAAUAGGUAGUUAAAUUAAUAAAAAGAAGAAGAUGAUGUUAUAAUUGUUGUAGAGGAUUAAAAAGAAAAGGAGAAAGAAAGCACACAUGAUUUUUAAAAAAAUACAGUAUAAUUAUUGAAUAAUAAAAUUACUGAUUUAUAAAAAUAAUUGAAUGAGUCAAAGAUAUUAUUAUAAGUAAAAAUUGAUGAAAUAAAAUAAUUGCAAUAAUAAUAAGAGUAGCCUAAUUUAUAAAUGAAUGUUGAUACUAGAAAAAUUAAGUUACUUGAAGAAGAAAAGAUUAAGUGGAAAUAAGCUUACGAAUAAAUUAGAGAUGAACUACAUGAAAAAUAGGCUGAAAAUCUAAAAUUAAAUGCUGAAAAUGAAAAAAUAUAAUAAUUAACAAAAUCAUUAGAAAAAUAAAAAGCUGAUAAAUAAUAAUUAUAAGAAAAGAUAAAAAAAUUGCAAGAAGAAAUAGAAUAAAAAGAUCAAUAAAUUUUAGAAUUAAGAACAGAAUAAGAUUGUAGAUUAUAAUCUUCAUUUCAUGGAAGUUUCUUAAAUUAAUCAACAAUAGAAGAUGGUAAAAGUGUAGCAGAUUUAAAUUCAACAUUUUUAGAAAUGAAAAAUUCAUUUUAAAUUGCAAGAGAAUAAAUUGAAGAAUUUGACAAGGCUUAAAGAAGAAUUAUUUAAUAGGAAGCAGAAAUAAUAGCAUUAAAAUCUCAAUUAAAUGAAUAUAAAGAAUCAAUUAGAAUAACAAUUUAAGAACAAUAUGAAGAUUAAAUAGAAGAAUUGGAAAAAAAGUAAAGGGAAUAAAUUAGGGAAUUAGAAGCAAAGCAUUUUAAUGAAAUAAAUAAAUAUGAAAAUGAUAAAAUGAGUUUGAGAGAUUAAUGUAAUGAAUUGGAAAAUUUGAAAAGCGAUAUUAGCUUAUUAAAGAAAGAUUUAGAGUAAGCUAAUAUGAUUAUAAUGGAUUUAAAAAAAUGUAAAUUAUAUAAUUAUUUUUAGAACAAGAAAUAGAUAAGAGAUUAAGAUAUUAGAUGGAUUAGAAAAUAAAAGAAUAAGAUAUCCUAAUUUUGGAUUUAAAAGAAAAGGAAAGAGUUUAUCGUAAGAAAUGA